CCACAACUGGAACAGCAUUCAGACCAUUGUAGGUCUGUGCCUGAUGUUAGGAGACUGAAGUGUGUUUUCCUCUCUGCAGAUGCUGAUGAUUGCACCAUGUGUCCAGAAGAUCAGCAUCCAAAUGAGGAUCGAGACCAAUGUGUCCCCAAAGCAAUAAAUUUUCUGUCCUAUGAAGAAUGUUUGGGGAGCAUCCUGGCUUCCUUUGCCCUCUUCUUAUCCUUAACCACAGGUUUUGUGUUAGGAAUCUUCAUCAAAUACAAGGAAACUCCCAUAGUCAAAGCCAACAACCGGGACCUCUCCUACAUCCUCCUCAUCUCCCUCCUGCUCUCCUUUUUGUCCUCCUUCCUCUUCAUUGGAAAGCCAAGAAAAUUGACCUGCCUUUUGCGCCAAACAGCCUUCAGCAUCAUCUUCUCAGUUGCUGUCUCUUCCGUCUUGGCAAAAACCAUCACUGUGGUGCUGGCCUUCCUGGCCACUAAGCCAGGGAGCAGGGUGAGAAGAUGGCUGGGGAAGAGGUUGGCCAACUCCAUUGUCAUUUCCUGUUCCAGUGUACAAGUUCUCAUCUGCAUGAUGUGGCUGGGGACAUCUCCUCCUUUCCCUGACUCUGACAACUACUCCCAACCUGGGGAGAUCAUCCUGCAAUGCAACGAAGGGUCUGUGGGCAUGUUCUAUGCUGCCCUCAGCUACAUGGGCUUCCUGGCUGCCAUCUGCUUCACGGUGGCUUUUCUAGCCAGGAAGCUGCCUGGGUCCUUCAAUGAAGCCGAGCUGAUCACCUUCAGCAUGCUGGUCUUCUGCAGUGUUUGGGUGUCCUUUGUUCCCACCUACCUGAGCACCAAGGGGAAGGACAUGGUAGCCGUGCAGGUCCUCUCUAUGUUGGCCUCCAGUGCUGGGCUUCUGGGCUGCAUCUUCGUUCCCAAGUGCUUCAUUAUUAUACUAAGGCCUGAUCUGAACAUGAAGGAGCACCUGACAAGAAAAAGCUAAACAAGACAUUUGAUCACAGCUGGUUGUGGGGAUAAAAAAAGAAAUUUGAAUCCUGGUGGUAAAGAGAAAGAAAAAGAUCUGCUGGUAGAUAUCUGGAUGAUUUGCAGUAGACCUCUAAGAGUUUCUGACUCCCAAUUCUUCAGCAAUGGCAACUGUGGAGACCAGGAGACCCCAUUAUUUCUUUAAAUCAUUCCUUUACCAGGCUCUUGUAUCUUGAGUUAAGCUGCUCAGUACUCAUAGCUAAAUUUCAAAAUCUGCUUAAGAUGUUGCAAACAUAGCGGACUAAGUAUAAAAUUAAUGUAGCUAAAUUAGCAGAACGGUAACAUGAAACCUGCUGCACCAUGGAGGUAGGUAAAAGGUAUGAUGGGAAUCUAC